AUGACACGCCUCGUCCUGGGGGCGAGGGGGCGCACGGUGCGCGGGAUCGAGGACGCCACGGGCGCGGCGGUGCGAGUCGGUGACGAUCGCAUCACGCUGCACGGAUCCGCGCAGGCGGUGGAGGCGGCGCGGGCGAUGAUACAGGACCUGCGCCGUGAGGAGGCGCGUGUGCCGCUUGACCCGACGAUGAUGCAGCUGCUCACAACCGCACUGGUUGAGGUCAAUAGAGCUCCUGCAGCCGUCAAGCAGCAGGACGAAGCGGAACGGGCGGACACAGAAGAGCAAAGGAAAUUGAAUCAUGAAGAAGUAGAGGAAGAAGAAGGAGGUGCAGGGGAGGCGCCGAAGCCGCACGAGGAAGGGAACGACAACGGUGAAGGUGCGGGUGCAUGCACCAUCAUGCUCACACCGCUGCAGGCGAUCCAGCAGACGUCACAGUGCGAGUUCAUGACGCCACUGCGCGCAGAAGGUGUGGUUCUGCUGCGCGGGAAGCAGGAGUGUGUCAACCAGGCGCGUGUGAUGCUGAAGGACUUUGCGCUGCGUUGCCGCCCGCACGCCAUGCACAUCCCCUUUUCUGAGGUUCUCUUCACAGCCCUUACGCGGCCACGCGACCACGCGCCAUCGAUAAUGCAGCAGCUGGCGCGAAGCCAUUCGUCGCUGCUGCGAGUGCAACUGAAGCGCGAAGAGGAGGUGGCGGUCGUCACGUCGCCCAUUCUCGAGGAGGUGGAAGCGGCGGCGAAGACGCUGCGUGAUUUCAUUGUGGCGAAGACGGCGACGUCGGUGCGUUGCGUGCGGGACUUCCCGCCACACCGCAUCGGGCUGCUGAUGGGCACCAGCAGCAGGAACCUGAAGGCGCUUGAGGAGCGCACCGGCACCCACAUCGCCGUGCGGCGGGCCGCUGGCGAGGUUCAAGUGUUUCGCGACGACGGCGACGAGGAGGCACUGGCUGCCGCCGUAGAUGCCGUCACGGCUCUCGCAAAGGAGUCGAAGUGA